AUGGCUUCUCAGACAAACAUCGAUCUGUAUCCGAAGCAGUUCGACCCCGCAAACACAAUUACUAAUGAUAUACCAGGCACACCCAACGGCCACAAAGUGCACAUUGCCUUUGAAGAGCUGGGCAUCAACUACAAUGUCCACAAGAUUGACAUCUCCAAGAAUACUCAGAAGGAGGAAUGGUUCUUGAAGAUCUGNCCGUAA